AAGAAGAAACUUCGAUAUCAUCAAAAACCACAAACUUUCUUUUCUUUUUCUAAUUAUUUUAUUUAAUUUUCCUACAAACUUAAGGUAAUUUAGAAGAAAAAAGAAAAAUGUCAUGUUUGAAGUAUUUCUUGAUCUUCUUGAUGUUGGGUCUGUGUGUCUCAUCGGAGGAGAAUCUGCAGUACGAAUACUUGAAAGUUCCGGCAAGCGAGUUUGUGAGCUCCAUCAACACAAUUGUGGUAGUGAUAAGACAAGUGAGUUCGAUUUUGUCUCAGUUCGCGGAUUUUAGCGGAGAUCGCCGACUGCAGAAUGCAGUUUCCGAUUGCCUUGAUCUGCUUGACUUUUCUUCAGAGGAGCUGAGUUGGUCUGCUUCUGCUUCUGAGAAUCCAAAAGGUAAGGGCAACGGAACAGGGGACGUGGGAUCGGACACAAGGACAUGGUUAAGUGCUGCUCUCUCCAACCAAGACACUUGUAUGGAAGGCUUCCAGGGUACCUCUGGUCUCGUCAAAUCCCUUGUCGCUGGCAGCCUUGAUCAACUAUAUUCUAUGCUUAGGGAAUUGUUACCACUUGUGCAACCCGAGCAGAAACCCAAGCCAAUUUCUAGACCUGGCCCUAUUGCUAAAGGACCAAGGGCCCCACCUGGCCGCAAACUUAGAGACACCGACGACCACGAAAGCCUUCAAUUCCCAGACUGGGUUAGAUCGGAAGAUCGCAAGCUAUUAGAGACAAACAGUAGGGGUUACGACGUUUGUGUAGCAUUGGAUGGGACAUGCAACUUCACAAAGAUAAUGGACGCCAUUAAGGAAGCUCCUGAUUAUAGCUCCACACGUUUCGUUAUAUACAUUAAAAAAGGUUUAUAUUUGGAAAAUGUUGAGAUCAAGAAGAAGAAAUGGAACAUUGUAAUGAUAGGUGAUGGUAUUGACGUGACUGUUAUUUCCGGUAACCGCAGUUUCAUCGACGGGUGGACCACUUUCCGAUCAGCUACAUUUGCGGUAAGCGGAAGAGGAUUCCUAGCAAGAGAUAUAACGUUCCAGAACACAGCGGGGCCAGAGAAGCAUCAGGCGGUAGCAUUGAGAUCAGACUCUGACCUCUCUGUGUUCUACAGAUGUGCGAUGAGGGGUUAUCAAGAUACACUCUACACACAUACCAUGCGUCAGUUCUACCGUGAGUGCACUAUCACGGGAACAGUAGAUUUUAUAUUUGGGGAUGGGACUGUUGUGUUUCAAAAUUGUCAAAUUUUGGCUAAAAGAGGACUCCCUAACCAAAAGAACACCAUCACUGCACAAGGCCGGAAAGAUGUCAACCAACCCUCAGGAUUCUCAAUUCAAUUUAGCAAUAUCUCGGCGGACGCAGAUUUGGUCCCAUACCUAAACACGACACGGACGUAUCUAGGAAGGCCAUGGAAGCUAUAUUCAAGAACAGUUUUCAUUAGAAACAACAUGAGCGACGUUGUGAGACCCGAAGGAUGGCUCGAGUGGAACGCUGACUUUGCGUUGGACACACUCUUCUACGGAGAGUUCAUGAACUACGGGCCUGGUUCAGGACUCAGCAGCCGAGUCAAAUGGCCUGGUUACCACGUCUUUAACAACUCGGAGCAGGCUAACAACUUCACCGUUUCUCAGUUCAUUAAAGGAAAUCUUUGGCUGCCUUCUACGGGGGUAACGUUCAGUGAUGGCUUGAAUAUCUAAAAUGGCUCAGUGUUUCUAUUGUGAAUGUUCCUGUUUUUUGUUCCUUUUCAUUUUGUUUUGUGUUUUCUUGUAAUGUUCUUCUAAGUUGGUGUAUUGGUAUUUCACGGUUUUGGAAAAAGAUUGAUAAAAGGGGACAGUUAUG